AUGUCUGGAAGAACUUCGACUAGAGCCUACGACUCUGUUUAUAAGCUGCUCCUUAUCGGUGAUUCCGGUGUCGGGAAAUCAUGUAUACUGUUACGUUUUGUUGAGGACAAGUUCAGUCCUUCGUUUAUCACCACGAUUGGUAUCGAUUUUAAGAUCAGAACCGUUGAAGUUGAUGGUGCCAAGAUCAAACUCCAAGUUUGGGAUACUGCAGGUCAGGAACGUUUCAGAACUAUUACAACUGCCUAUUACAGAGGAGCAGCUGGUAUCAUAAUCGUCUACGACGUUACAGAUGAACGCACUUUUGAGAAUGUCAAGAACUGGUACGAAGCCAUCAACCAGCACGCCACUGAAGACGCACAGGUGUUCCUGGUUGGUAACAAGAACGAUAACGCUGAUCUGAGAGCAGUGUCUUAUGAGCAGGGUGAAGCUCUCGCAAGGGAAUUGGGAGUACCAUUCUUGGAGACCAGUGCAAAGACUAACGAGAACGUUGAGGAGUUGUUUAUAAAACUGACAAAGAUCAUCCAUGAUAAAGCUGGCUCAAAGGCAAACGCCGAUAAAGACCACGGAGUCAAAGUUGGUGGCCAUGGCGAUAAGACAAGCAGUAACUGCUGUUGA